AUGGAAGCUUAUCCUGAGGAAAAAGACUUUGGGCUUAGGGAUCGCAUGUUGCGGAUAACCAAUCACUCAAACCCCUUUGCCACCGACGAAUUUGAAUCAUUCCAGUGGAAAGAUGACUUUAGCGCUAGUGCAAUGACGUUUCCGUUCUUCUAUGGAUGCAAAAGUUGCGACAUUGUAAUCGACGAGCAUCGUAACUUUUUUGAGAAAUUGGCUAAUGAACACUUUGAUCUCAUCUUCACUGACAGCUUAUUCGCUGUGUGUGCCUAUGGUUUUACUUCGCUAAAUAAGGCUAAGCAUGUGAUAAUUGACUCAACUCAUGUGGAUUCAUCCACUGGCUCCAUGCGAGCUUAUGGAAUAAACUGGGCAUUAACCCCGCCUAGCUACAUGCCGGUAGGAGAUGCAGAGUUCAAACCAGAACUGUUCCGUUAUCGAGUGAACGGUCUGUAUGAGUGGAUUGUUAAUUUCCUUGUCAGUGGAAUUAUCGUAAAUGAACGAAUGAAGAUCUCGUUGACAUCAGUUGCACCAUCGUUCAGGUAUGGUAUAACUCAUUUUUAUACUUCCAUACACUUACUGCGACAAUGUCAAAAAGGCAUAUUAUAGAA